UCGAGAGGGCGGGGCGGGAUCCGAGGAGGAGAAGGGAGCUGCGAGCAGCGAGCAGGCGGCAGGCGCGGUCUGCGCGAGGAGCAGGCGAGCGGGAAGGCGAGACGCAGCCACCUUCCUCACCAGCCAGCCCACAGCGGUUUGUUCCCAUCCUCGGGAGUGCGCCAAUGCCCGGGCCGACCCAAACCCUGUCCCCAAAUGGCGAGAACAACAACGACAUCAUCCAGGAUAACGGGACCAUCAUUCCUUUCCGGAAGCACACAGUGCGCGGGGAGCGUUCCUACAGUUGGGGAAUGGCAGUCAAUGUGUAUUCUACCUCGAUAACCCAAGAGACUAUGAGCAGACAUGACAUCAUUGCCUGGGUUAAUGACAUAGUAUCUUUAAACUACACGAAAGUGGAACAGCUUUGUUCAGGAGCAGCCUACUGCCAGUUCAUGGACAUGCUCUUUCCUGGCUGCAUUAGUUUGAAGAAAGUAAAAUUUCAAGCGAAGUUGGAACAUGAGUACAUUCACAAUUUUAAGCUUCUGCAAGCAUCGUUUAAGCGAAUGAAUGUUGAUAAGGUAAUUCCAGUGGAAAAGCUCGUGAAAGGGCGUUUCCAGGACAACCUGGAUUUUAUUCAGUGGUUUAAGAAGUUCUAUGAUGCCAACUACGAUGGCAAGGAGUAUGACCCCGUAGAAGCACGACAAGGGCAAGAUGCAAUUCCUCCUCCCGACCCUGGCGAACAGAUCUUCAACCUGCCCAAGAAGUCUCACCAUGCAAACUCCCCGACAGCAGGUGCGGCUAAAUCAAGUCCAGCAUCUAAACCAGGAUCCACACCUUCUCGUCCCUCAUCAGCCAAAAGGGCUUCAUCCAGCAGCUCAGCAUCCAAAUCUGAUAAAGAUUUAGAAACACAGGUCAUACAGCUUAAUGAACAGGUACAUUCGUUAAAACUUGCCCUUGAAGGCGUGGAAAAGGAAAGGGAUUUCUACUUCGGAAAGUUGAGAGAGAUUGAGCUCCUCUGCCAGGAACACGGGCAAGAAAACGAUGACCUCGUGCAGCGACUCAUGGAAAUCCUCUACGCUUCGGAAGAACACGAGGGCCACCCGGAGGAGCCGGAAGCAGAGGAGCAAGUCCACGAACAGCAGCCCCAGCAGCAGGAAGAGUACUGAACCGUCUCAGCAGCUCUCCACACUUCCGUUUUGGUGGGAACUUUUCUUCUGGAGAAUUGGAACACAUGUGGCCUCAGGCUCAUCAGAAACCAGUUGUUCCCAGCCUGCUGUUCCAUCACUGCGCCGGCACCCAUGCCAGCCACCGCGCUCGGUUCCCAUUUCCUUCGCCAAGACACACUAGCUGCGGCCGUGGGCAGCCUCCCCAAGACAUCACGGGGUCACAUACCUUCAACUUCACCACUUGGCUGCUUGAGAUCGGUUCUGCUCUUUGCGUUUCUUUCCAGAACAACUGUCCCCACCCCCACCCCACCCCCUUUUUAUCCUGGUGUGAAACAAUGGUAAUUUGAUAUAUGGUAUUUAUAUUGGCAUUUCUCAACCCAGUGUCACUAGAUGUCACACACAUUUGUGGUGCUUUGAUGUUUGCAAGUCUAACCUCUGAACAUAAAUUUGGUCAAAUAAUAAAUUGGAACAAAGGGAAAGAGAUACUUGAUAUGAAAGCCAUAUGACAGUGACUUAUUUCACGGGGAAAAACACCGAGUCAGUUUCUCCCUCUACUCACAAACGAAAGGGAAAAAAAAAAAAAAGGAAUCAAAACUAGGACUUCAGGGCCCAGCAGUGUUCAGACCUCAGCAUGUUAGACAACCACACAGUAUGUUGUUAGUUUUGAAAGACAUUCACUCAAGGAAAACACCAUCUCGACUUGGCCCUCUAACUGCUUGCCCUUUCCCUCGCCUCCCCCGACCCAGAUUCUCAUGCUGUUUUCUUUCUCAGGGUCCUCUUUGGUGGGGAGCCACUCUCCCCAAAAGCUGUCAUCAGUUGUCUGCAGUCAGAGGGGGUCUGCAUGGGCACAGGUCCUCCUGCCUCCUCGUGUGGGUUUCAGCCCAAAUCCUCUCAUCCACACUAGGGGAUUCCUACUAAAGAAUGACUUCAGGGUGUGCAGCCCCGGGCGGCAGGGUCCUGCAUCAUGCUGCACACUUGCUGGAAGGCUGGGAGUGAAGACUUUAUGAAUAGGAGUGUAAGCCCAAGGGAGAAUCCUGGUUCUGAAGUCUGGUGUUGACACUGGAAUGACGGCACAGGAAAAUCUGACUCCCAAUGCCUUCUGGAAUAAAGAAUUCCCCCUCUUCGAUACUAUGGCCCUCCUUGUCAUUGACCUUCGCUAAAUUGUGGCAAUUCAUAAACAGAGGAAACAUUAAUGAAUUAAAAGCAUUCCUUAUUUUUUUUAACUAAUAUUUGCACAUUUUCUUAGUAUCUUUCCAAAUCUUUGCCUCUUCCCCACCCCACCCUUUGACAGAUGGUUUCCCUUCCUGGAUCGUUCAUUUCACUCGGUUUCUAACUAACUUUAGAUUUUCUUUCACUUGUUAUUUGACUUAGCAGGUGCAACAAAAACAGCAAACAAGUGUGCCCACCCCACUUUCCUCUUAAUUGAAAAGCUUAAAAUAAAUUUCUGAAUUAUGUAUCAUAAA